ACGAUGCUGCCCAGCGCCGUGGCGACCCACCCCGGCUCCUACUGGGAUGUGGUGGCUUCCUCGGCGCUUCUCAACCUCCCGGCGGCGCCCGGCUUUGGCAACCUGGGCAAGAGUUUCUUGAUCGAGAACUUGCUCCGAGGCGGCAGCGCCCCGACGACCGGGACGGUGCACGGUGUGCAGCCGCCGCCCCCACUCCAAGGUCUGGCGGCCACCCUAGCCCCCACCCCGGGCGCACAGCUCCGGCCCUUGCCGGCCAGCCCGGUCCCUCUGAAGCUCUGCCCUCCGACCGCCGCCGAGCAGCUCAGCCCCGCCGCGGGGACGUCCUACGGCACGCGAUGGGCUUUUCAGGUGCUCAAUCCUUCGGCGACCGACGGCCCUAGGCUGCCGGGCCGGGCCUUCCCGUCUGCAGCCCCAGCACCUUCCAAACCUUUUCUUCUGAGCAUCCCUCCAUUCUACUCGGCGUGCUGUGGGGGGUCCUGCCGGAGUCCUGCAUCCCCCACCGCUUUUCCAAGAGAGGAGACGGUGCUACCUCUGCUGACCCAGGACUCCAGUUCCAAAGCUCGGAGGGGCAUUUUGAGAAGAGCUGUGUUUUCAGAGGAUCAGAGAAAGGCUCUGGAGAAAAUGUUUCAGAAACAGAAAUAUAUUAGCAAAACAGACCGAAAGAAGCUUGCUGUCAAUCUGGGACUAAAGGAGUCACAGGUGAAAAUUUGGUUUCAGAACAGAAGGAUGAAAUGGCGGAAUUCCAAAGAGAAGGAAGUACUUUCCAGCCGCUGCCUCCAGGCCCCGAGCCUUCCAGAAGCCCCCCUCUCCCACGCGGCCCUGGGGUUCUCUUCAGUAUGGGAGGUUUCCCAGCAACCCUCAAGUCCUGGAUGGAGGGAGGAUUCUCCAGAAUCCUCAGAAAGACUCCUGCAGGGGAGUUCCCACGCCUCACCCCCGGAAGCAGAUUGCCUGCCAGGUGCCUUGUACUUGUGCUCUGGGAGAGAUACUGUGGACAAGGAAGACAUUUCUGAAGCUGUCUGA